AGUUUUCAAGUUGCGCAGAAGGAAGCAACUAUUAAAGAAUUGGAAUCUGAAUUGAAACAAGUGAUUGAUAAUAGUGCUGUGCAAGAACAGCUUUUGUUUCAUGUUUUUCAACAAAACAGUGAGCAUUUUGCUGAUUUGAAUGUUAGUUUACCUGCUCCUUUUGAAGAAUCAGAUCAUUCCAGAAGUAGUUCGAGUUCAAGGUCAGCUUCUCCUGUUGAUAGUAUUACAAGUUUUUUCCGGGAAUCAACAGUUACCAGUGACAGAUCAAGAAUUAGAAAGGCUCGAAAUGUUGCUGCAACUACCGAGGAAUUACUUUUUUCACCAGAUUCUCGACCAACUGAUAAGCAGUAUCAGCAGUUAAAUGAUAUAAAAUCUGGAGCAAUAUAUACACAGCCUGCUGCUCCUGCAAUUUUACAGGAAGCUAAUGGUGAUUUAAACAACAAAUCUCUUUCAUAUGUUAUCUUACCAGCAUCAGAUUGUGAUAAAUUUGAUAAAGCAUCCCAUGUGUGCUCUGGAGAUGCAGAAACGACCCGAAUUUCCAUAUUUAAACCUUUUAUUGGAGGAAAUGAAAUUCAGAGCUCAUACUUGAAAUGUUCUCACAUCGCAGAAGGGCAUAAAAAAGCAGUCCUCACUGUUGACUGCACUGAAGAUGUUCUUUUUAGUGGAUCUGAAGAACAUGAAUCUUUUGAUGUAUUUAGAUGGACAGUAAAGAUUGGGAUUAGUACAGGUACAGAAAUACAAAAUUUAGAUGAUCAUACUUCAAGUGUUGUUAAAGUUUGCUACUGUGAAUAUACUAGACAAAGAUUUACUGAUCAUCAUCUAGUGAAAGAUGGUGUGCGCCAGAGACCUUCAUCCGGUUUCGUCCUUUG